UUUCGACUCUACGUCGGUGAUAUAAGGAACGAAUGUAUUACGCGUUACGCGUUUACUGUAUAGAAUAUAAUACGAAAUACAGCCGCGAGUUGCAGCGGCGCAACUACCUUCAUUUUGUAAGUUUUAUACACUCAUCACGAGCAUCGGCCGCGGUCACGACACACGAAUACACGAUCGUUCUCGGCGUAAGUGAGUUAGUGAGCGUAACGUACACCGCGUCCAAACGGCACUACAUGUUCCGCAGUUCCGCCAUUUAAUAACUUUUUUUUUUUUUUUCUAACAACCAUUACGUAUACGAGUAGUGCCCGUGUACUCUAUUGUGUGCUCCUAAGUUUUUAAUCAUUUUUGUGCUUAAAUUGUGAACUUUCCGCUGUUACUAACAGAAUCCGAUCGUUUUUCAGUCGUUUCAUGCAUUGAUGGUCCUCUGUGCCGCGCGACGUUCGUUUGCGUUUCUUUCCGAAUCUCACGCGUAAUUUAAUGGUUUUAUUGUGCAACAGUGUGAAUGAUUGGAUCGCAUAGAGAUUUUAAAGGCAAUACGAUCACCGUGAAAAUUGACAAUAUGAAACGCAGAAGUUAUGGUGAUUCUCCUCCAAUGUCACGUAAGAAACGUCAUAGCAGUAUUAACAGGUACGAUGGUAGUUCUGACGAACGAGGAUCGCCCGAACGUGUUCGCCGUAGAGCUCGAUCACCACCCAGUCCCAGAGUAUCUAGGUACUCGGAACGAGAUGAAUUUGGCCGUUCUAGAGAUUUGGAGCGAUCGCAUCCCACUUAUAAAGUGUUGUCAGUGAGUGCUUUACAUCCCAAAGCAAGUGAUGAACAAGUCAAAGAAAUAUUGUAUCGAGAAUAUCGCAAAUUUGGUGAAUUUUCUGUUAAAAUAUCGCAUGAACUAGAUGAGAGAGUGGCAUAUGUGUGUUUUAGAAGCUCAGAAGAUGCUAGAGACGCCAAACACAGUAAGCCUAGGAUAAGUUUGUUUGAUAAAAUAGCUUUAGUUGCACCUGUCUAUGAAAGUCGUAGUUCUAGAGAUCACUAUGAAUCAAGAGCUAGACGCUCUCGGUCCCGAAAUUUUUCUCCAGAGUUUGAACGAUACUAUCAUAGAUCCCCCAUGCCUCCAGAAAUUCAUAGGAUACAUCCAGCUGAUAGGUUUUAUGAAAGGCUACCAUAUGGUGCUCUUCCCCCUAUGCUGCCACCACGAGACUUUCGAGAAAUUGGUUUGCCACCAUUACAUCCUCAUGAACUUAUGAUACCUAGAGGACCGUUAAUACACCAUGUGGCUCCUAUUCAUCCUCAUUUAGGGCCAAUUCAUCCGUUGUAUGGACCACCAAGACAUUUUUUACCACCAUUUAGACCACAUCCUCAUCCUCAUUUGUUACAUGACAAAAAAGAUAAAUUUCCAAACUACUUGCACCACAUUCCACCAGAAGACGACCCGUUAGCCACACGUACAUUGUUUGCUGGUAAUUUAGAAGUUUCUAUUUCGGAUGAAGAACUUCGGCGUAUAUUUGGUAGAUAUGGAGUUGUUGAAGAUAUUGAUGUUAAAAGGCCAUUACCGGGAACAGGUAAUGCAUAUGCAUUUGUUCGUUAUCAAAAUUUAGAUAUGGCUCAUAGAGCAAAAGUUGAAUUAUCUGGUCAAUAUUUGGGCAAAUUUCAAUGUAAAAUUGGCUAUGGAAAAUCUACACCAACACAACGAAUAUGGGUUGGUGGUUUGGGUCCUUGGACAUCACUUGCUCAGCUAGAACAAGAAUUUGAUAGAUUUGGUGUUAUUAAAAAAAUUGAAUAUGUCAAAGGUGACAUUUGUGCCUAUAUACAGUUUGAAAGCAUUGAUGCUGCAACUGCAGCUGUCAAAGAAAUGAGAGGAGUGGCUUUAGGAGGUUCCGAACAUAAACUAAGAACAGAUUUUGCUGAUGGAGGGGUCUGUGUCAGUCCUACAUUAACUUAUUCAUCAAAGUCUAAGUCAUCUCAUGAUGAUGUUGCAGCAUCUGCAGGAGAUUUAAGAGAACUAUCAAGACAAGAUGAAUAUCCUUAUGGUUGGCCUGAUGGUGAGUAUCCUUCUUAUAGUUCCAGAGGUUUUCGUAAAAAUCGUGCAGAAUAUGGCGAAGAAAGUAAGGAAUUUGCAAAUUAUGAAAAUGGUCGAUCAUUCAAGCAGCAUUCUGUUUCUGAUAUUGGUUCUCCUCGAUCACCACUUCACCAAUCGAUUGACAGUGAUUUAGAAUCUGAAGAAGGAGCAAUACAAUCUGCAUGUCCUUUGUCAACUGUUCGUACACUUGGGGAUUUGGCUCGUAAAUGUGCUGAUAUAUGGCAAGGCAGUCUUGUAUUAAAAAGCUCACAGUUCCCAGCUAAAUGUCAUUUAAUUUCUGGCGAUACAAAUGUUAUAGACUUAAUGAUGAGAGAUGAAGAUGGCAAAUCAACAUUACGUAUAACUCAACGAUUGCGUUUAGAUGAGCCAAAGUUGGAAGAUGUGUCUAAACGUAUAAUAACUGCUGAUAUGCAUGCUAUAUUUUUGGCUAUGCCUUGUUCUACUAGCUCCAUUUCCAACGAUGAUGCAUCGGUUCAAAUUAGACCAUUGCGUAAUUUAGUAUCCUAUUUAAAACAAAAAGAGGCUGCUGGAGUUAUAUCAUUGAUAACUAAAGAUCCUGAACCAGCUGGUGUAUUAUAUGCAUUUCCUCCUUGUGAGUAUUCUGCCAAAUUAUUGAAACAAAGUGCAAAAAACUUAAGCAGUGAAACUUUAAAAGAUGAUCAUUUAGUUGUGGUAGUAGUUAGUGGGGGUGUUGCAUAAUGAGAUAUUUGUUUUUUAAUUCAAUUUUCAAGUAGGUUCAUUAACCUAUAUGAGGACUUUAUAAACGCAUGUCUUAUCUCCGUCUUACAAAUGCAUAACAUAACAAAUUGAACAUUUUAAAUGAUUAAUUUAACUCUUAUGUUUAAUAAUAAAAUGAAUUGACCUAUUAACAAAUUUAAUAGUAAGAAUAUUAUCUUUAUGGAUCUUUAAAAACAAUUAAACAUUUUAAAAUACUCGUGACUCACUUCAAAAUUAAAAUAUAAAAAAACCUAUGAAAUGCGUUAAAUAAUAUUCUUAAUUUUAAAUUUUAUAAUACCUCAAUUCAAAUUUAAUAUUAAACAUACCAGAAUUAAAUGGAUUACUAAUUUGCUAUUGUGAGCUUGUUAAGCAAAGACAAUGCAUGUAGCAUUCACUUAAUAAUAUAUACUGGAUGUAUACAUAUUUUUUUUUAUAUCAAUGUCUUAAUAAUUAGAUAAUAUUAAUUAUUUUAAGUUAUAAUAAUACUAGAAUAUAUUUUAGAUUAAUUAUUUUUUAUUAUUGACUCCAAAUUAAUUUUUGAUGUUACAAUAUUUAUGUUUUUUUAAUUUGAACGCAGAAGUCCAUAACAACAAGUUAUUGUGGUUUAUUAAAACUGUGUAAAAGUUUUUAUUAUGUGCUUAAAAUUUAAUUAAUUAAUUUCAGUUUAAUGUAUUUGUUUAUUAAUUCAAGUUUACACAUAAACACACACACAGUUUAAUUACGUAUAAAACAUGUGGAGUGCGUAAUAUAAUUUAAACAAAUUGUGCUGGAAUGUAUAGUUCGUAGAACACUAUUUUAAGUCUAUUAAUGUGUACUAAAGUGAUUCAAUAUUUUUACAUUUAAAAUAAUGCAUUAUUUUAUUAUUGAUAAGUGUUAAUAUGUAUACCGUUCUUACAUUUUAAUUAAACUGUUUCUCUUAUAUCUUUUAAAAUACAGUGUAAACUAUCAAGCAAUCAAGUUAACUUGGAUUGUUCAGUAAUCUUUUUUGAAGUGUUGUAACUAUUUAAGACAAAAUAAUUAAUUUUAUUAUUUACUAACUUGUAAUUAAUCAUGUGCGUUAUAUUAGUCUUAUAAUAAAGUGUAAUUCGCGAUUCAACUGUUGUUAUUUUUAAAAAUGAUCUUAAUUCAUUGCAUAUAAAUCAUAUAUGAUAUCUUAAUGAUAUUUUUGCUAAUUUAAAUUAAUUAUACAACUACUUUUUUAAAAUGAUUUGGAUUAACAGCAUUUUACAUGGAAGUUAAGUAAAUGCUGUGUCGGGUAUCUACAAUUGUUGGUGUUGUGAUCAGUGUUUACAGAGUUUGGUGUUUUUUUUCUCAUGAAAAUAUGUGUAAAUAAUAAUUUAUAAUAAUUUAUUGGUUUGAUUCAAAUUGUGAUAAAUGAGAUUGACAAAUUUUAAUUAUUAAAAUUAAUUUCCUUUUUUUUAAAAAAUUAAUUACGUUCUAAUUUAUGGCUAGAAUUAAAAUUGUAAAAAUUAGUAAUAGUUUUCCUAAAUUUGUGUUUGAUGACUAAAAUCUUUAAUUUAUCAUGAUUAAAGACUGGAUUUUUAUGCAUUUUAAAUUUUAAAAUUGCAUGCUGACAUGCACUAAAAUAAAGUCAAAAUAUGUAAAACAUGCAAAAUAAAAUUAUAAAUAAAUAAAAUAAAGUAAAAAAUAUUUUAAUAAAAUUAAAUAAUAGGUAGAUACAUUAGUGAUAUACUGAUAUAAAUAGGAAAAUAGUAUGAACAAUUUAAUGUAGUAUGUUAAUUGGAAAAACAAUAACCUAACCUAUUUUUAGCAUCCAAAUAUUCUUUAAGUCGUAAAAUAUUUUAUAUUAAUAUUAUAUAAACAUACCUAUAAUUUGUUUUUUUUUGCUCAACACUUUUUUGGAUGGUUUGGUAUAUAUUUGUACGGUUUUUUGUUAAAAUAUGCAAAACUAUGCAGGACAUGCACUAACGUUAGAAUAUGUAAAAAUAUGCACUUUAUUGAAUGUUGAUAUUUAAUCAAUCAAAUAAUGAUUUAUGAACACUUAUUGACUGCAUGUAUAAUAUGAUGUUGAAAAUAGCCAGAUGCGUUUUAAACAAAAUCUGGUCUUUAAUCAUGACAUACAUAUUUUUUAAUAUUUAUUGACACUUCAAUUUUGCAUCAGUUAUGCUAUUAUUAUAUUAUAAUUAUUGAUUUA